AUGCAAAAAGACAGUAAAGACUGUAUCCUGGAGCCGCUCUCCCUGCCAGAGAGUCCAGGUGGCACCGCCGCUUUAGAAGGGCCUCCAUCUGUGCCUUGUAUUUUCUGUGAAGAACAUUUUCCCAUGACUGAACAAGACAAACUUUUGAAGCACAUGAUUAUCGAGCAUAAGAUUGUCAUAGCUGAUGUGAAGCUCGUUGCAGAUUUCCAAAGGUACAUUUUAUAUUGGAGGAAAAGAUUCACUGAACAGCCCAUCACCGACUUUUGCAGUGUGAUAAGAAUCAAUUCCACAGCACCAUUUGAAGAACAAGACAACUAUUUUUUGUUGUGUGAUGUGUUACCAGAAGAUAGAAUCCUCAGAGAAGAGCUUCAAAAACAGAAACUGAAAGAAAUUCUGGAUCAGCAGCAGCGAGAGCGAAAUGAUACAAACUUUCAUGGUGUGUGCAUGUUUUGCAGCGAGGAAUUUCGCGGAAACAGAUCUGUUCUGUUGAACCACAUGGCCAGAGAGCAUGCUUUCAACAUUGGUUUGCCAGACAACAUUGUAAACUGCACUGAAUUCCUAUGCACAUUGCAGAAGAAAUUGGACAAUUUACAGUGUUUGUACUGCGAGAAGACCUUCAGAGACAAAAACACACUUAAAGAUCACAUGAGAAAAAAGCAGCAUCGUAGGAUCAAUCCAAAAAACCGAGAAUAUGACCGGUUCUAUGUCAUCAAUUACUUGGAACUCGGGAAGUCAUGGGAAGAGGUGCAGUUGGAAGACGACCGCGAGCUGCUGGACCUUCAGGAAGAUGACUGGUCCGAUUGGCAGGAGUACCCUGUCUCUGCUGUCUGCCUAUUUUGUGAAAAGCAAGAGGAGACAAUAGAUAAAUUGUAUGUGCACAUGAAGGACACACACGAGUUUGAUCUCCUCAGAAUAAAGUCAGAACUCGGAUUAAAUUUCUAUCAGCAAGUGAAGCUGGUCAACUUCAUCAGAAGGCAGGUUCACCAGUGCAGGUGCUACAGUUGCCAGGCAAAGUUCAAGUCCAAGGCAGAGCUAAGGACUCACAUGGAGGACGCUAAACACACCUCACUGCUUCCUGACAGCAAGACGUGGGAUCAACUGGAGUAUUAUUUUCCCACCUAUGAGAAUGACACUCUCCUGUGUACGCUGUCUGACAGUGAAAGUGACCUGACAGCUCAAGAGCAAACUGAAAAUGUUCCCAUCAUCAGCGAAGAUACAUCCAGGCUGUGUGCCUUAAGACAGAGCAGUGUUCUCAACCAAUUGCUGCUCCAGGAAUGCCUGGAAAGCUAGGAGAGGCUGCUGUGGGCGCAGUGCACAGGCUGCUGCGGGCGCAGUGUUGCAUGGUUUCCUCCUGGAAGACACAGACAGAACAGGAGUUCAGAUUUGAUCAUCGACACAGCAUUAUUCAUUACUGGAAUCAUGGUUGUUGUUAAUGAAUUUUUUUUUCAAGAAAUAAGAAAAAUAAAACAUGUUUUUAUAUUUGGACUGAGAAA